AGUCUAUCGUGGCGGGAUGGGACUUCCUUCCAUCUUGAUUCUGAUUCUUUACUAAGAAGCCGGCUUAGUAAGUGAAUUAAAAUAGAUCGGAAACAUUUAUAAAUAAAUCACGAAGUUAUCUAAGUUGCAAUGUGUUGCUGGAUAUAUCAAUAAUAAAGUUUCCGCCGGGAUGAAUUAGGUAUGAUGUAUUUAAGUGUAGGCUUUAUCCAUCCUUGCUAGUCUAGUAUGAGGGGAAUGGCGAGUACCUACCCAUACGAAUAUUAUGAGAAUGAACAUUUGAAUUGAAAUUAUUGAAGAUUGAAAUGUAGUAAUGCUGAUAAAGUUUUCUAGAAUAGCGAAAUUGUGCUUUGAACAAGUACAUAAGGAAGGAAGCAAAGCAUAUGUGCGACAUUUUGUAAAUAGUAAAGUGCUUUAUAAAAGUAUGGCCGUUUCUAGCCGAGCUAGAGUCUAUUCUGAUGUUAAUUCCCAUAAACCAAGAGAAUACUGGGACUACGAAAGUUAUGUUGUUGAUUGGGGCCAACAGGACGAUUACCAGUUGGUGAGGAAACUAGGAAGAGGAAAAUACAGUGAAGUAUUUGAAGCUAUCAAUGUUACAAACAAUGAGAAAUGUGUAGUCAAAAUAUUAAAGCCAGUGAAAAAGAAGAAAAUAAAAAGGGAAAUUAAGAUUCUUGAAAAUUUGAGAGGCGGUACAAAUAUUAUUACAUUGGAAGCCGUAGUGAAAGAUCCUGUAUCUAGGACACCAGCUCUUAUUUUUGAGCAUGUCAAUAAUACAGAUUUCAAGCAGCUUUACCAGACUCUUACGGACUUCGAUAUCCGCUAUUAUUUAUAUGAAUUACUCAAAGCUUUGGAUUACUGCCACAGUAUGGGUAUCAUGCAUAGAGACGUCAAACCACAUAACGUGAUGAUAGAUCACGAAAAUAGGAAAUUACGUCUAAUAGAUUGGGGUCUGGCGGAAUUCUACCAUCCCGGUCAGGAAUAUAAUGUUAGGGUAGCGUCCAGAUAUUUCAAAGGCCCUGAACUCCUCGUAGAUUAUCAGAUGUACGACUACUCGUUGGAUAUGUGGUCGCUGGGUUGUAUGCUAGCAUCGAUGAUCUUCAGAAAGGAGCCCUUCUUCCACGGUCACGACAACUAUGACCAAUUAGUCCGCAUCGCCAAAGUCUUAGGUACCGAGGAACUGUUCGAGUAUCUCGACAAAUAUCACAUAGAGCUAGACCCAAGAUUCAAUGAUAUACUAGGAAGACAUUCUAGGAAAAGAUGGGAACGUUUCGUACAUAGUGAAAAUCAACAUCUAGUUUCGCCCGAAGCAUUAGACUUUCUGGAUAAACUAUUACGUUAUGAUCAUUUAGAACGCCUUACUGCACGUGAUGCAAUGGAUCAUUCAUAUUUCUAUCCUGUAGCAAAAGAGCAGUGCAGAAUGAUGUCCACCGUUUCUUCAUCCCCUACUCCAUUGACCGGAGUGGGUGAGUAGCAUGCAAAAAAGAAGCACUUCCGAUAUUUCAUGUGCUGUCAUAUUCUGCCAUACACUAUUGAUUUGAAUAAUUUCCAAACUUCAUAUUGUUUAGCAUUGAUCUGCUGCAGGUAUUUCCAUUUUAUGUCAAGUAAUAUUCUUUCUAGAUUAUAAUUUUGAAUAACUUGCGGUUCCGAUCUUGUUCUUGUUUAUUUUUUUAUCAAACUAGCAUCAUUCGUAUGAAUACUUGAAACCGUCUUUAUACCAAGUUUAUAAAAUAGUUGUCGUUACCAUUCGCAGAACGAAAGUUAUUUGAAAUUAUCAUUUUUCCCUUGUGUAUUAUAUUGUUGAAAGCAUUGUUUUGUAAUAUUGAAACAUUUCCAGAAUUCUUAGCAGCUCAAAUUUGAUAUAGAAACUUCAAAUUUCUUAUUUAAGUUGCUAAUUAUAUUCUGUAAUCUAAAACAAUCAUUGAAAUUAAAAAGAUUAUGUAACU